AUGAGUUCCACCUACCUUGCAAACCUUCCGAAGCUGAAAGGACGCGAAAACUUCGAAGAUUGGGCAUUCGCGAUCGAGAACUUGCUAGUUUUGGAAGGCGCAGAACAGUUUAUCAAGCAAGAAGGAACUGAUGCUGAAGCUAGGUUAUUGGACGCAAGAACACGUGCUAAGUUGGCUUUGACUGUCGAUUCAUCGUUAUUUGUGCACAUAAAGGAGACAAAGACAACGAAAGAAUUGUGGACAAAAUUGCAUUCUUUGUUCGACGAUUCAGGAUUUUCGAGGAGGAUUACUUUGCUUCGUCAUCUGAUUUCUCUAAGGUUAGAAAAUUAUGAAAACAUGACGAAUUAUGUGACACAAAUAGUAGAAACAUCUCAACGUUUAUGUGGAACAGGUUUUGAGAUCAACGAUGAAUGGGUUGGAUCUUUGUUGCUAGCCGGCUUGCCGGAACGAUUCAUGCCGAUGAUCAUGGCCAUCGAAUAUUCCGGAAUCAUGAUAACCGCUGAUUCCAUCAAGUCGAAGCUACUCGAUAUGGAAACUAUCGACUCGACCGAAACGACGAACUCAGCACUAGCGAUCCGGACUUCGAAGAAGAAGAAAAGCCAGAACCAGAAUGGCAACACUGGUAGACAUGGCUGUCAACAAUCCGUCAAACUCUAA